CUCUUCCGGGGCACCAGGCCAUGCAAAACGAACUCGCCCAUUUUUUGACUGUGUACAUGUAUCAUUGCAACGGACGGACAUGCCGCUUUGGCCAUGACCUUCACUCCGAACACAACUCCAUAGUUUUGAGAGAGCAUAAACUUGAGACGCUGAGUAGACAGGAACUCCGGCAGCUAUUAUUACAGAAUGACAACUCUCUCCUUCCACCGGUGUGCAACUCUUAUAACAAAGGCACCGGGCAAUAUGGCAACUGCCCUGAUCAGGAGGGGUGCAGGAGACUUCACGUGUGUGACAGGUACAUCAGAGGAACCUGCUCCUCGGGAGCCAACUGCAACAGGUGUCAUGACUUCUUCGAGCCACACCCACGGAGGACCCUGCAGCAGAGGGGAGUGCCAAACGAUCUAAUGGCAUCCAUGUUGUCCACCUACCAGAACAUCCAGGCCAUGAAAAGUGAAGGUGCCGGCGGUGCUGCUUCCAUCAACAGGCCCCAGAGCUGUCCUCCGAGAAAUACAGUGAGGAAUGAGAUCUGCCUGUUCUUUGUCAAGGGGGACUGCAAACAAGGAGAGAAAUGCUGGAGAGUCCACUUCAAAAUGCCCUACAAGUGGGAAGUGAACGGUGGACAGACUUGGUCAGCUCUGCCAGCAAACGAAGAAAUCGAGAGAGACUUCUGUGACCCUUCUAAGAUACACAGUGAGGGAUCUGAUCGUGUGCGUUUCGACUCCAUGAGCCACGGGUUACGGGAAGUUCGCCGUCUCUCCACAGUUUCCUCUGUGACCCAGCCCACAUACGUACUCACCACAGAGUGGGUGUGGUUCUGGGAAGACGAGUACGGCAAAUGGGUCCAGUACGCAUCCAUCAAAGAGAUGCACAGAUUGUCGUCCAUCACCAGUGAAGACCUUGAGAAAAGGUUCCAGGAGGAUCAAAGUGCUGUGGUGAAGUUCACUGCAGGCCAGCAGUCUUAUGAGCUGAGUUUCAGAGACAUGACACAAAAAAACAAAGCAUAUGGUACUGUAAGGAUGGUCAGACGACGUCCAGUCUUUGUUUCAACUGUGGACGCACAAGCUGCAAGGAGCAGGAGAAAUGGACCACGCAAUUUCAGAGCUGUUCCUGGAUCUUGGGACAAGUCUGCAAUACCCGACAUUGGAUACAAGACAGUCACUCUUCUGAGUUCUGACAGGGACUAUCAAAAGGUCCAGGGACUUUUCAACAACACCAUGAGGGGCUUCCAGAUCACCAGCAUCGAGAGGGUCCAAAACAGGGACCUCUGGGAAGUCUUCCAGUGGAAGAGAGAUUUAAUGAAGAAAAACAAUGGAGGUCAAAACAGCAAGGAGCUACAUCUCUUCCACGGAACGGACCCAAAACAUGUAGAGGCCAUUUGCAGAGAUAACUUCGACUGGAGGCUGUGUGGAACCAACGGAACUGUGUACGGCGAAGGGAGUUACUUUGCCAGGGAUGCCAAGUACUCACACAGCUACACCAGCCACUCAGGAGUGAGGUCCAUGUUUGCUUGUCAGGUGCUUGUUGGCGACUACACACGGGGGAACUCGGGGCUCCGUCGCCCCCCUCCAAAAGGCGAGGGAAGCCCCACUCUCUAUGACAGCUGUGUGGACAAUGUCCUGAACCCAUCUAUAUAUGUGGUGUUUGAAAGGCACCAGGUUUACCCAGAGUUCCUUAUCAAAUAUGAUGAUAGCGUCAUGCACUGGUCCACAUCGGCUCCAGCUGCACCCAAAACUGUCUCUAUCCAAUCCACUUCCUUAACCCCAACAUCCAACCGGAUUCAAGCCACAGCUGCUGCCACCCCAUCGAAGAGAGUUCCAUCCACUUUGAAUCCAUCUAAAACUGCAGCCACCUCUUCCUCAAAUCCAACCCAUUCUCGUCCCACUUCACGUUUUGUCCAUCAGUCGCUCCCAAAACCUGCCCAAGCCCCAUUGAUAUUCAUUCAAUCUCCAGUCCUCAUAAAGCCAGCCACAAGUUCUCAAUUAGUGGAUAUCACCCGAGGCCCAGAUUUCACUUCCUCAUUUGCAAACCUCUCUCGUACGCUCACUACCCCUGCCAGUACACCCUCUCGUACGCUCACUACCCCUGCCAGUACACCCUCUCGUACGCUCACUACCCCUGCCAGUACACCCUCUCGUACGUUCACUACCCCUGCCAGUACACCCUCUCGUACGCUCACUACCCCUGCCAGUACACCCUCUCGUACGCUCACUACCCCUGCCAGUACACCCUCUCGUACGCUCACUACCCCUGCCAGUACACCCUCUCGUACGCUCACUACCCCUGCCAGUACACCCUCUCGUACGCUCACUACCCCAGCCAGUACACCCUCUCGUACGCUCACUACCCCAGCCAGUACACCCUCUCGUACGCUCACUACCCCAGCCAGUACACCCUCUCGUACGCUCACUAGCCCAGCCAGUACCCUCUCUUAUACUCUCCCUACCCCAGCCAGUACCCUCUCUUAUACACUCCCUACCCCAGCCAGUACCCUCUCUUAUACACUCCCUACCCCAGCCAGUACCCUCUCUUAUACACUCCCUACCCCAGCCAGUACCCUCUCUUAUACACUCCCUACCCCAGCCAGUACCCCCUCUUAUACACUCCCUACCCCAGCCAGUACCCCCUCUUAUACACAUCCUACCCCAGCCAGUACCCCCUCUUAUACACAUCCUACCCCAGCCAGUACCCUCUCUCCUACACUCACUACCCCAGCCAGUACAGCCUCUCGAAGACUGGCUCCCCAACCCCCCACCCCCUCUCCUACACUCACGCCCUCACCCAGUGCCCCCUCUCCUACACUCACUACCCCAGCCAGUACCCCCUCUUAUACAUUCACUACCCCAGCCAGUACCCCCUCUUAUACACUCACUACCCCAGCCAGUACCCCCUCUUAUACACUCUCUACCCCAGCCAGUACCCCCUCUUAUACACUCACUACCCCAGCCAGUACCCCCUCUUAUACACUCACUACCCCAGCCAGUACCCCCUCUUAUACACUCACUACCCCAGCCAGUACCCCCUCUUAUACACUCACUACCCCAGCCAGUACCCCCUCUUAUACACUCACUACCCCAGCCAGUACCCCCUCUUAUACACUCACUACCCCAGCCAGUACCCCCUCUUAUACACUCACUGCCCCAGCCAGUACAGCCUCUCGUAGACUCGCUCCCCAACCCCCCACCCUCUCUCCUACACUCACUCCCUCAGCCAGUACCCCCUCUCGUACACUUUCCCCUUUAACUGGCACCCUAUCUUGGGCUCACACCCGCUCAACAACCACUACUCGCACUCUCUCUGACAGCAGUUCUUCUCACCCACUAUCCCCUUCAUCCUCACUGAGCACACAUUAUCACACACUUUCUCACUCAUCCUACUCCCCCACUUACACACAAACUCCCUCACGCACUUCCCCCUCCACGUCAAGCAAUUCUUCUAGCACACUCUCCUCCUCACAUAGGUUGCUAUCUCGGGUGUUCUCUCCCUCGACAGGUGCCUUCACUAGAUCUCCUCCUGAGUCACUGUACAGUGUUCCAACAGCUCAUAGGAGGGACACCAAAGAAAAAAACAAGUGCCUUCUCCAAUAACUUGCCUUUGUCAUGGUGGAGCAGUAAGUUAAUAGAAGGUUUUGAUGGCGAACUUCACAUUUUCAAAAACAGAAAUGAUGAAAUGAUGAAUGAUAAUGCAUUUGCAUACUAAAUAUAUUUUAUAGCUGUGUAUCUUUACCUUGUAGGGGCUUAAUAAUAGUAAAGUUGUUCACAACUAAGCAGAUGUUGGUAAUUUUGCACAAAUAUGAAUUUGAUGUUUCCUUUACUCAGGUCUGCUGACACAGUCCAUACAUUUUGUAAAUGAAACGGGUUUGAUUUCUCUGUUUUAAACUGAAUAAACUCAGAAAAUAAUUGAUUGUG